AUGAAUAUAAGCCAAGAAAACUUAAUCAAUAAUGAAAAAUUGAUAGAAAAAUGCAAACUUUAAUGCGACAAAAUAAUUAAAGGAUAUGAAGAUUAGAAUGAUGACUUAAAGCCUGAGUACGAAGUUUGUAUCAAAUUAAUUCCAUGGGGAUCAUCAGUAGAAAAAAUGAAGGCUCCAUAGCUUGCAUUAGUCGAUUAAAACUAAAAUAUAGGUACUUCUUUUAAAAUGUCUUAAAAUUAAUUGCAAGAAUUAAAUCAACAAAUCUAUCUUCCCAAACAAAUAACAUCUACCAGUGAUCAGCAGGAUUCAAACAAUAAUAAUAGACAUCUAAUGGAUCCUUAUAAUAUUUUAAUCGAAGAUAAUAAGCUUACUAAUAUUGAUCAUUUCCAACUGGAUCUUAAAAGUGAAUCUUUACUUAGUAAGUAAAAUUGUUUAAAAACUGAUAAUGCAUAAGAAUUUAAGAAAACUUUUAAAAUUGAGUAGACAGAGAAAAAAUUGAAGUAUGAUUUAGAAAGAGAAUAAAAGCAUGAAUAAAAUUAUAAGACUAAUUUGAAUGACUAAUAACUUAAUUGCUUAGUUUAAGAAAAGUAUUAAAGCAAGAUAAAAUAACUCGGAAAAGGAAACAUAAAGAACAAAAAAUGGAAUUCAAGUUAAAGAUAAAAUUUCAUGAAAUCAGACUAUCAAAUUGCAAUACUUUAAAGUGAAUAUGCGAAAAAUUAACAGUGGACAUCCGAUUUUUUGACAUAAGUAAGUAUUAGAGUUGGCCUUAAGCGAGUGCAGGUAUACAAAUGGUACUGGGAUAGAAAAGAAGAAUUGCUGAAAAUAUAAAAAGAUAGACUUUAACAGCUUUGCUAACCAUCAAAAAAACUAUUCAAACUUACUAGAGUUUCAAAGAUGAGUGAUCAUGCAAAUUAAUGUUAAUAGCUAAACAUAUAGAGCUAAUAAUUAUUUCAAUCUUAAUCUCAAGAGAUAAGCAUUUUCAAAGUUUAUAAAAUGGAAAAAUGCACAAAAAAUAUUGCUCUUGGACUUUCUAAGUGA